AGCCGCUGAGGCGACGAUAUCCUCUUCUGCCACCGCUCCUAACAAGAGGAUCCUCGCCUCAGCCGGCCCGGAAACGGCACCCCCGACCCCAGUGACGACAGCGUCCAACGGCGGCAUGGAUACAGACGACGAGUUCAUGUCUAAUGUCUCUAGCGAAGACGACAUGCUUCCGGAUGAUAGUGAUAACGACCUCUCUGGUGACGAAGACUUCGGCUUUGACGACGAGCCCGACCACUACAUCAUCGACUCGCAAAAGGACGGUGCCGAGAAACGAAAGGCCGCAUACGAUAUCAGCUUCAAGGUCUACCAGCCAGCCGACGUGCAGAAACAGCAAAAUGACCUCAUAGACGAAGUGAACAUGAUCUUGGACAUCUCCAAAGAAGAGGCGGCGAUUCUUCUCCGGCACUUCAGGUGGAAUAAGGAGAGAUUGAUCGAAGACUACAUGGACCGGCCGGGCAAGGUGCUCGAUGCGGCUGGCCUUUCCCGAAGCUCAGCCGGCCCACCCAAGAUGCAGGUCAUUCCCGACUUCAUGUGCGACAUCUGCUGCGAAGACGAGCCGGGGCUUGAGUCCUUUGCUCUGAAAUGUGGCCAUCGGUAUUGUGUGCAUUGCUAUCGGCACUACUUGGCACAGAAGAUCCGAGGGGAGGGAGAAGCGGCGCGCAUUCAAUGUCCCUCCGAGGGCUGUAACCUCAUCAUCGACGCCCGGUCGCUGGACAUCCUGGUCACGCCAGACUUGACGGAGCGAUACCACGAACUGCUCCACCGGACAUACGUGGAGGACAAGGAGACGUUGAAGUGGUGCCCAGCACCAGACUGCCAAAACGCCAUCGAGUGUGCCGUCAAGAAGAAGGACCUCGACAAGGUUGUCCCGACGGUUACGUGCCUCUGUGGGCAUCGCUUCUGCUUUGGCUGCAUAUUGAAUGACCACCAACCGGCGCCGUGCGAGCUGGUGAAGAGGUGGCUCAAGAAAUGCGCCGACGACUCCGAGACAGCCAACUGGAUCUCGGCAAACACCAAGGAGUGCCCGAAAUGCAACAGCACCAUCGAGAAGAACGGCGGCUGCAACCACAUGACUUGCCGCAAGUGCAAACACGAGUUCUGCUGGAUGUGUAUGGGUCUCUGGUCAGAACACGGCACGAGCUGGUACAACUGCAACCGAUACGAGGAGAAGAGCGGCACCGAUGCCCGGGAUGCCCAGGCUCGGUCGCGGAUAUCGUUGGAGCGCUACUUGCACUACUACAACCGCUACGCCAACCACGAGCAGUCGGCCCGCCUGGACAAGGACAUCUACCAUAAGACGGAGAAGAAGAUGGUGCAGCUGCAGAAGGAGUCGGGCAUGUCCUGGAUCGAGGUGCAGUACCUUAACUCGGCGUCGCAGGCGCUCCAGACGUGCCGCCAGACCCUGAUGUGGACGUACGCGUUCGCCUUCUACCUCGCCCGCAACAACCUCACCGAGAUUUUUGAGGACAACCAGAAGGACCUGGAGAUGGCGGUCGAGGCGCUCUCGGAGAUGUUUGAGAGGCCCAUCACCGAGCUGGCGGACCCCAAACUCAAGGUGGAGAUCAUGGACAAGACGUCGUACUGCAACAAACGCAGGGUGAUCCUCUUGGACGACACAGCCCAGAACCUCGCUGAAGGUAUGAGGACACGGAUCAGUUUUUGGUCGGUGCGUAUGGCUAACAAGUGACUAGGACGGUGGACAUUCAACGUCGAGUUGACCGGCUCGGGGGCUAACGGCGGAUCGAGCAGCCGGCGUUAGAUGGGUGAUUUGCAGCGGAGCAUGACUUAUUUCACUCUUUCCUUUAUCAUGACGAGUCAGACUGGUGGUUUACCAAGGAGGAAUACGGGUUGGGGACU